UGUGGGCGAGAGGAGGCAGAGGCAGCCGCAGCUCCCUGUUGCUCACUGGUUGAUAGAGGGAUUGUACUGUAUGGCUGUGUGGGAAUGAGUGUAUGGCUGCGUGAACGCUUGCCGGUCUUAGACUGUGUGCAUGUAGAGGCUGCAUGAGCUGCAACCGGAGCUGCUGCUGCUGCUGCAAUUGGUGAAUAAUGCAAACAGAGGAACCUGAGUUUGGAUAGCAUGGAAGAAACUAGAUUAAUAAUGCAUAGUGCCGGUUACAAGCUCUGCAUUAGUUAGUUUUUCUGAGACCUGUGGCUGCCUAAAAUCUGCCUGACUCACUGACUUCCGACCUUCCUUUCUGCCUGCUUGACCAACGCAGAAAUGUCUCACUACCAUUUCAUCAAAUGUUGUUGUUUCCAGCUAUGUAACGUUUUCCGUCAGAACAUGGAGAUAGACCAGUGUCUGCUGGAGUCUCUCCCGAUUGGCCAGCGUCAGCGGCUGGUCAGAAGAAUGCGCUGUGACCAAAUAAGGGCAUAUCACGAGAGGGAAAAGAACCUACAGCGGCAGCAAGGUGGAGUCAAAGUUCGAGCCCCAUCCAGGAAGUACCGCAUCCGCUUCAGGCAGUCUGAUGUCAUUCAAGAUGCCAUCAUCCGCCAUGAUGACAAAGAAGUGUUGCGUCUUCUAAAGGAGGGAGUAGACCUCAACACUGCCACUUCCUCAGGGGGAUCUUUGCUGCACCUGUGUGCCCGCCAUGAUAACGUGUUUGCAGCUGAGCUCCUGAUCGAGCGAGGCCUAAAUGUCAACCAGCAGGACGAGGACCUGUGGACAGCCCUGCAUGUAGCAUGUGUGUGCGACCACGCAGAUAUGGUGUUGCUGCUCCUUCUGGCCGGGGUUAACAUUUUGCUGCAGGACAUCAACGGAAACAUUCCUCUGGACUACACUUUUGAGGGGACAGAGACCAGCUAUAUUCUCCAAAAAUAUCUGGAAGAAAAUGGUGUAAACGUGGCCUCCAUGCACACCAUGAAGACACAGAGACCAACCACCAUGCUGUCUGAUGUUAAACAUCUUGUAACCACCGGGGGAACCCUUAACCUGCCUAAUGAUGAAGGAGUUACUUUGCUCCACAUUGCAUCUGCCAGUGGCUACAGAGAGGUGGUGUCAGUGUUAUUGGAGAGCGGAGCAGACCCCCAUCCAGCUGACAACAACUUUUGGACCCCACUCCAUUUGGCCGCAAAAUAUGGGCAGACGAGCAUCGUUAGCAAGCUCCUAAGGCAUGGUGCAAAUCCAACUUUGCUCAACUGCAACCAGGACAAGCCUUCUGAUCUUGCAGUGUCAGAACCAAUAGCAGAGAUGCUGCUAAGUGCAGAGGAGAGCUGGUUGCAGAGACUGAAGGACCCUGGAGCUCCACUACUUUCAACCGACCAACGUUAUGAUGGAGGCUCUCAUGACUUCAACACUCCUCUCAAAACUUUGAAUCCGCUUGGUCUCUCAAUCUCUAAGCGGGACAGUCUGCUGGAGAAGUGUGCCAUGUUCAGAGAGGCAGGUGGAGCACUAAGCCGACAGCCCUCUCAGGAUAAUGGCCUAGAUAGUCCCUUUAGCUCUGGACCAAGCAAACUGGAGCAGGUCAAGCUGAUGCCUCCAGCUCCCAAUGAUGACCUCGCGUCCCUCAGCGAGCUGACCGACAGCAGCCUGCUCUACGAGAUGCAGAAGCGUUUUGGUAACGACCAAAUCUAUACUUACAUUGGACACAUUCUUCUACUUAUCAAUCCAAACAAAGAGCUGCCCAUCUAUUCCACUUUGGUGAGUCAGUUGUACCUGAGCUCCACUGGCCGUCUUUGCUCUUCUCUACCACCUCACAUUUUCUCCUCAACUGAGAGAGCGUAUCACAUGAUGCAGCAAGAGAGACGUCCACAGUGUUUCAUCCUGAGUGGUGAGAGUGGUUCUGGGAAAACUGAGGCAUGUAAGCACAUCGUGAGACACUUGACAGCUCGCUCCAGCCCCAAAGGCUUUGGGUUAGAGCCCAGAAUGAAACACGUAAACUGUAUUCUGGAAGCUUUUGGUCAUGCAAAAACCCCAAGAAACAGCAACUCAAGCCGUUUUAUCAAGUUGCUAACGAUCCAGUUCUGUGAAAAAGAAAAGACGAUACUGAGAGCCCACAUUUACACCUACAUGCUGGAAAAGACCCGUCUAGUUCACCUGCCGCCUCAGCAACAAAACUUUCGAAUCUUCUAUCUGAUGGCCGAAGGCCUUUCCCCCGAGGACAAGACUGCACUUUAUCUCAAUAAUGUCUUGGCUCAUAGGUAUCUUACUGGUGCCACUCCAGGAGACACCCCUCCUGUCGCCCUGGCUUCUGCCCAGAGCAGGGAGCAUCUGGCUGCAGUCAAACAAGCCCUGCGCGCCCUGGACUUCAACAGACAGGAAGUUGACUCUGUGUUCAUGCUGCUUUCUGCUGUUCUCCAUAUUGGGGACCUACGUUUCACUGCCCUGACAGAUGCUAAUUCAGCCUUCCCUUCUGACCUGCAGCUGCUGGAGAGAGUUGCUGGACUGCUGCAGGUGUCCACUAAUGAUUUAAGCACAGCCCUCACUUCUGAUGUUCAGUAUAUUAAAGGUGACGUGAUUACUAGACGUCACACUGUAGAGAUGGCAGAGCAGUACAGGGACCAGCUUGCUAAAUCCAUCUACGGGCGACUCUUCUAUUAUCUGGCCAACAGCAUCAACGACUACCUUCAAGGACAAGAUGACAGCAUUGGCGAUCCUGCCAUGGAAAUUGGAAUCCUGGACAUGUUUGGGUUUGAACAAUUUCAAAGAAAUGAAUUUGAACAGCUGUGCGUGAACAUGAUCAACCAACGGCUGAGGCUGCACGCCUCUGAGGUGCUCUUCCAGCAGGAGCAGGCUGAGUGUCUGCAGGAGGGCAUCACCAUGGAGAUCCCAGUCUCUGGCAACAGCCACGUCGCCGUGCUGGACUUCUUCCUUCAGAGGCCUCAGGGACUGCUGUGUGUGCUGGAUGAAGAGAGUCAGAGCUUACGGCCUGCAGAGCAAACCCUUUACAAGAGGCUAUCCGCCCAGCUGGACUCCAGUUCAUUUUGUGGGCUUUCACUCACCACCAAGGAUGGCAACGGCAACCCCCCUCCCAAAGACCAUGGCCCGGCUUUCACUGUCAGCCACUAUGCAGGACAGAUUUCAUAUGACCUCACUGGAUCUCUGAGCAAAAACAAGGACUCCUUCCCUCAGAAUCUCCUGCUUACAAUGAAAACCAGUGAGAGCGUGUUACUGCAGCAACUCUUCCAGUCCAAGCUGACUCAGACUGGUUCUCUGGUGCCAGCUGCCCAGGGUCGCAUUGGUCUGAGAGGAACUAAAGCAGCCUUGAUGCUCCAGAGGAUGCCAUCAACCUCCUCUGUCAAUGCCACUUGUAUGCCCCAGCAGCCUCGGAGGUAUCAUGAUCUUACCAAGAUCCUGAAGAAAAAAGGUUCAAGUUCUUUCCUCCAACGACUUGAGCGUUGUGGGCCAGUCACAGCGGCUGUCCAGCUGAGGAACUCACUGUCAGAGAUUAUGAGUAAACUGCAGACUUGCACUCCCCACUUUGUAGAGUGUGUGCGCCCCAACUCUAGCGGUCAGCCAACCAGCUUUGAUAGCUUCCACGUCUCAACCCAACUGCAGUACAUCGGAGUGCUUGACAUGGUGCGCAUGAUACGUUACGGAUACCCUGUCCGCCUGUCCUUCUCAACAUUCCUCAGCAGAUAUAAAGACCUCAUAGUCCCAACUUUGGGAGACAAGAAGUUGUCAGCUGAGGAGAAAUGUCGUUUUGUUCUGCAGCAGUCCAAACUCCAAGGAUGGCAGAUGGGCAGUAGUAAAGUGUUUCUGAGAUACUGGCAGGCUGACCAGCUCAAUGACCGUUGCUACCAGCUUCACAAAAGGAUCAUCACCUGUCAGAAAGUGAUCCGCGGCUGGCUGGCCAGGCAACGGGUCAGUCACAGGCUGUCACUGCAGCACAAAGAGGAGAGUAGCGUGCAGCGUUUCCUGCAGGGAGCCGAAGACAUUGGGCUACGGACCUAUGACCAGCUGGUAAUCCAAAAUGCAUCUGACAUUGCACGGGAGAGCGACCGUCUGCGCUGCCAUGGUAAUGGUCAGCUCAACACCCUCAGUAGCAGCCCACCGCUCGGUGAGAGGCCUGAGCCAGUGGGCAAAGAGGAGGAUCAGCCAAUUAGGAGGAUGGUGGAGAAGAGUGUAAAAGUCCAUGAGGGACAUGUCAAUGGGGGGAGCAGAAUUAUCCGCCACUUUCGUUCUAGUUCAGUACCAAUUCCCCUCGCUGUGGAUAGCAUGGUUCACUUCUCUGCAAGUCCACCAGUCAAACCAGCCUUGCAGCAAGCAGCUCAGAACAAUGAGGACGGAGCAGGGAAUGGGAGUCUCUCUUCUCCUCGCAAGCAACCUCCUCCGAAACCAAAGAGGGACCCCAACACCCGCCUGAGUGCAUCUUACGAAGCUGUAAGCUCAGGAUUGACAAUGGCUCCCAAAGAAAGCUGCACUCCAGAGGGGUCUAGUUCACCGGCUGAAAGUCCCCCAAAAUCCCAGUUAUCCCCCGGUGACCCAGCAGCCAAGCCCCGUCCUCACAGUGAUGACUACACAACCAUGAGAAAGGUACCGCCGCCCAAACCUAAGCGCAGCCCUAACACUAAGCUGUCAGGCUCAUAUGAGGAAAUUAAUGCCGUGGCACCCCAGCUCCACCAGCUGCGCCCUGCUGAUGUAAAGAUGGCCCUGCUUUCUCGUGGUGGGGGGUUUGGAGGAUUUGGAGGUCUGAUGCAGAGGGCAUCUUCUUUAGAUGCUCCAAAAGGGGUGGCACUCAGCCUGUACAAGGGCCAAGACGAAGAGGAUGUAUACAUUGAGAUGUUGGGGUCCCAGCCACGGACUCGGAGCCUCCAAGAACCCCCUGACAGCCCAGAUCUGGUGGACUCAGAAGCUGUGUAUGAGGAGAUGAAGUAUCUCCCACCAGAAGAUGGUGGAAAUCCUGCUCCUGCAAUCACCAAGGCUGCCAGGCUGCAGGCUCUAACAUUGGGCCUGAUUGGAUUGGGGUUGUCUCCUCCAAAGGGUGGGGAAAGCAAGCAAAUGCCAGCUAGCGCCACUGCUACUAUGGAUGUUUCUCACACACAGAGCCUGCCUAACAGUGCUGCUGCCAAAGCUCAGCUUGGCAAGGAUGGCAGCUGUGAUAUCCCUGCUCCGUUCCCCAACUUGCUCCCUCACCGCCCCCCUCUCCUGGUGUUCCCCCCCUCUCCUGUUACCUGUUCUCCUGCUUCAGAUGAAUCGCCCCUCACCCCUUUGGAGGUAAAGAAGCUGCCAGUGUUUGAGACGAACCUGAACUACGCCACUGGUCCAGAUAGCCCCCUUUCCCCACAGUUUUCACGCCAGAGGGCUGACUCUUCACCCAGUCUUACAGUCCUCAUGCCAGAAAAGAAGUCUACACCUCCGCUCACUCCUCCACCACCUCCUCCUCCCCCAAGCGCACCACCUCCUCCCUACAGACCACCCUCACACUUCCCCUUCCCACCUGAGGCCAACUUCCUGGCUCUGACUCGUGCAGCAUCUGUCACUGGGAGCUCUGACUCACCCAAAAUCUCCUCACAAAGGGCAGGUGGGGACCUAAUGGGGAAGCCGCCUCCUUAUUCGCCUGUGAAGAUGUCUCGACCUGAGCCACGGAGGGCACACUCAUGCUCAUCGUCACCACUGUUGUUUAACCCAGCCAAUGGGAGACCCCUGACCAGCCCCCUAGAGGAGCUCAACACUUUGUUCAGUUCAGGACGCAGCUUGCUGAGGAAGUCAACACCUGGACGCAAAAUGAGAGAUGGAGGAUUCAAUUCUAACAUCAAUCUGCCGGGGAGGGAAGAAAGUGGCUCUGCACCGACCUCACCAUCCCUGCAGCUGCAAGACAAGAACGCCAACAACCACUCUCUCCAUCCCCCAAGUCCUGUCCCUGUGGAGAAUGGCAACCAGAUAUCUAAUGGAUCACUGGAGGAUGAGAGUCACAGCAAGUCAAACUCCAGCACCACCUCUCUGCACAGACAUUUGGACAGCCAUCAUACUCAGUUGCUCCAGCGCCUGCAUCUGACCAACAGAGACGAGAGUGCCGCCCUCAGGGAGCUUUUCCGCUGGCGGCAGGUGCAGUGUGAGGGGCGGAGCAGUCACAAGCAGCGUCCACCUCAGUCCCCCACACUGCUCUGGACCAAAAGGAAGGCCUCUCCUUGAGCUGCCUCUCCUUGAAGCUACAUCUUCAAAUACUUUCUUCAAAGAUAAACUCUUUGUUUGUUUGUUGUAAAUUUGAUCUGGGCCACCAACCUCACUGCCCACGGGCUACGCUGAUGAACCGAGUGCCGAAAGCUAAAGAGCCUAGCCCCUGGGCUGGGCUUCGGCUCCUCCUGUAUUUGCACUGACUGUGGAAAAUGCUCUACCUGAUAUGACAUAAUCUCAGUGUGUAUGAAUGCAUAAACAGCAGUUCCUGUGGAAGUGGGUUUUAUUAUAUGAUCAAAUACUUUAUGUAUAUAUAUAUAUAAAAAAAAAUAAUACUCAGACGUAUAAGAGAUUAAAUUAUUAUAACACGUCUAUUUAUUUUCACCAAAAGGAUGAUGUCCGUUUAUUGGAGGCUGCACCUGAGAGAAAAUCAGCAGCAUAUUUGUGGUGGUCAGAUGCCGAAGAGCCUCUUAUCUCUCCAACAGAUAGUCUUGAAUUACUGCUGCACACAAACAAGUUUCCUCCCCACAACAUGGUGCUGAUGAUACUGUUGAGUUCCUACAUGUUCAACCUGGGGUUCUUGCAUGCAGACUUGUGAAGUUUACAAGCAAACCCAACGCCUUUAGGAACUUCCAGGUUUUUAACAUCCGUGCAGGUGGCUUCGACGUGCUCGGCUCCUAAGUGCUUCUGGUAACUAUGGCAACAAGCUACCAAGGGGUCAGGCUAACCUCAGUAUUAUCCCAAGGUGUACUUCUCGUCCUCGUCAUUGACCAGCCUUGAAUAAAAGCCCUGUGGCCAAAUUCCAAACCACUGCACUUACCUUUACCAUGAAAAGGGAAUCUAACAAGUUAUUCAAGAUGCAAAUGUGUUAGCAGACAGGUAUGUCGUUCAUGUUGUGAACAUGCGACUCUGUGCCAAAGUGACUCAAGUGAAAAUAUGAUUGAAGUAUUGUUGUUACAUAACAUACAUACUGUAAGCUCGUUAAUUAUUUGCUGGUUUAAAAGAGUAAAUAAGUUUUAAUGACAAUGUGAACCAAGGAAAAACAGUGUAAAUAAGAGAAAAAAACAUGGUAAACUCUCAUUGUGUAAUCAAAAAAGCAUUGUUAGAUGAGAGCCAGAUCUUUCUUUGGUUGAGUCAAACACAUUAUGUCCCACAGAAAUAAUGACAACAAGUUAUCCGACUUUUGCUCAAAUCUUCAAACAAGUUAAAUUCUUUGACUUCUUAGUUUAGAAAAGCGUCUUCUUUAAAUUGUGGACUUGUUCAUUAAAGAAUAUCAGUUAUCCUGCAGAUCAGAGAUGCUGCUUCAUCUACAAAAUUAGUUUGAUGAAGAGGAGAGACUUUCAAAUUAUGUGUUUUUUCUAGUUUUAACCACAGCAGACCUUGAAAGCCUGAAUGUCAUUAAUUCUAGGUUUCAAAUUAUUUAUUUGCACUCUUCCAUUUCUAUGUCAGUCUGACUAUACAGUAUGCAACCCCAAUUAUUCUGAGGUACAUAUUCAUGCUUUUUUUUUAUUUUUUAUUUUUUUAGCUUGCUCAUAAGUUAUGAAUUAAUAAGAAAAAAUAAAUGUAGUUGGACUUCAGAAUUUGCGUUGCUGUUCUGAGCCUCUAAUGUUUCAAGCUUCUAAUGAUGCUUGUGCCGACAACUAAGCGGGGUUGUGUGUUCGGUGUCAUGUAGGAGAGCUCACACACAGAUCAACUGGACUUCUGUACAGAUUCUUCCACUGUGUGCUUGUACUCACCUCUGACCCCGAGUCCUUUCCAUCAUCUACCCCGUUUGACCCCAAACCACAGACAAUUCUUUCCAGCUCAACCUGCUGCCCUCCUUCCUCUAACGGACGGAUGAAACUGGCUGUACGGGUGUUUCCAUGGGAACGUCAGUGUCAAUAGUGACUGGUUUUUGAAGUCCUUUGCUUUCAUCAUCCCGGAAGAGCAUAGUGACUGAAAUAAAAGACAAAAGACAUGUAUGAGGUGUAAAAAUUCAGUUCAUUAUAAGGACUCUGAGAUUGAAGAAUGUUUUUCGGUUUUGUUUUUUUUUUUUUGGGGGGACGGGGUUUGAUGCAACGACUGAGAAACUGGAAGAGAUUUAUUUAAAAAAAAUGUGAAUAUCUUCUUUUUUACAAUGACUUGUCUGUUACUGUGGAAUUAUUUUACGUAUUUAUUAUCCACCUCCAGAUUCUGUUAUGUUUUUGUUUUGUUUUUUGUUUUUUCUUGAUGCAAGCCGGAAGAUUGAUUUUAAAUAUCCGUACAGUUGUUUACUGCACAAUGUUUAUGUGGUGUUGUGGUUGAUCUCUGUGUUGGGCGUGUCUCGGUAAGCCGUUUGAUCUUGGGAGAUUGGCCUAAAUGGUUAACGACGCUAGGUAUCAAUAGCUCUAAUGGAUUUCUCUUUGCCACUGAUCACCCACAAUGUGUCUGAUUGAUUUUGCCUUUCAAAUUAGCAGCACAAAGGUGCAAGAGGUCUUGGAAAUCACCACCACCAGAGUUUUGUUUUUGUUUUUUGGGAAGUUUUUUUUCUUUUGACUGAAUGUCUAAAUCCAAACAUCUAUUCUUUGAGCAUCACCGAUAUUCUUUGUAGCUUUGUGAAUUAUUACUAGAAUAUGCUCUUGCUUCUAAAAAGAAUAUACUUGACUGCUUAAUGUGAACUAUGUCUUCGUUUGGAGUUCAUUUUUUAAAGUGAGGUAACGAUGCAAAAGGACAGAUCUGCUCCAUCACGAACACCUUGUGAGCUGCAGAACUAGAAACAUUAUCAAGGAGCAAAUCUGAUGCAAGCAUAAUAAGCAAAGAUCAAGCCGGUGAACUCUGUUGAUGUCCUCUGCAGGGUCAAACCUACCAUUCAUCAUGAACAGUGUUCGGGUUUGCUGUGUGAUUUUUGUGCAUACCCUUAAACCAUGAAAUAAGGCUUUUACCUUGCAUGAUCAAUAUGUUUGGAUUUUCCAUAACAUGCAUAUGUUGGGGAAAAAAUGCAGAUUUUCUAAUGUGAAGAAUUGUUUUUCACCACACUGUGAACCCUUCGUCUCCACCAAACACUAAUUGUCCGCAUUAAAGUCUACAAUACGCAUAACUGGCAGGCCGAUUACUGCCAUUCAUCUCUGUUCGUCAGGAAUCUAUAAAAUCGUCUCUUCAGAGAUCAGCUUUCUGGUGCUACAGUCAGUGUUAAAUGGCCAUUCUGUUAUUGUUAUUCUAUUAUUUCUGCACCUAAUUAUGGGGUUUGUCACUGCCGUUCAUAAUUUUGUCAUAUGUUUUUUUUUUUUUAUUAUUAUUGUGAUCCUUCUUUUGUACCUGACAUACAAUAUAUUUUCAUUUGCAUAUGUAUGUGUUUGUGGAAAAAACAAAAAGAUUGUGGUAUUUCAUAAAUAUUAUCCCAAUGUUUUAUAAUUCUGUCUCUGUACAGCAAUAAAGCACAACUGUGUCAAUGUCA